CACGAUGCUGCCCUCGCAGGAGGCCUCCAAGCUCUACCAUGACAACUACAUGCGGAACUCGCGGGCCAUCGGGGUGCUCUGGGCCAUCUUCACCAUCUGCUUCGCCAUCAUCAACGUGGUGGUUUUCAUCCAGCCCUACUGGAUCGGGGACAGCGUCAACACGCCCAAGCCGGGCUACUUCGGCCUCUUCCACUACUGCGUGGGCAACGGGCUGGCCAGCCGCGAGCUCGCCUGCCGCGGCUCCUUCGCCGACUUCAGCACCAUCCCCUCGGGCGCCUUCAAGGCGGCCUCCUUCUUCGUGCUGCUCUCCAUGGUGCUGAUCCUGGGCUGCAUCACCUGCUUCGCGCUCUUCUUCUUCUGCAACACCGCCACGGUCUACAAGAUAUGCGCCUGGAUGCAGCUGCUGGCGGCACUCUGCCUGGUGCUGGGCUGCAUGAUAUUUCCAGAUGGCUGGGAUGCAGAGACUGUCAGGGACAUGUGCGGGGAGAAGACAGGGAAGUACUCGUUGGGUGAUUGUUCUGUGCGCUGGGCCUACAUCCUUGCCAUCAUCGGCAUCCUCAACGCCCUCAUCCUCUCCUUCCUGGCCUUUGUCCUUGGCAACCGGCAGAAUGACCUGCUUCAUGAGGAGCUCAAGACAGAGAACAAAGAUUUUGUUGGCACUACGAGGAUAUAAUGUAGAGAACAUGCAGAGGGCCCUUAUCUCGCUGGUACCUGGCUCAGACUCUCUCUCUCUAUCCUGCCUUCUUUCUGCUGACGAUGGUUCCGUAACGUCAACCUGAAGCCUCAGAAUCUGCCAACCUCUCUGGGGAUUUGCCAACCUUGCCCUGUGUCCAUGCCGGCCUGUCCAUUUCAUGCGACUCACCAGCUUUGGCUCCCUCCUCCUGCUUGGGGGUUGUAGAUGGAGGGAGUUUGAUGCCAAAUCCCCCUGAACCUGCUUCAAGAGGAAACAAAACUGCAGUUUGUUGCUCAAGGAAAAAGACAGAGUUUUUAACAGAUUUCUACAUUCCCAAGAAGCUCUGGAAUUUCCAUGCUCCCUCGGGAGAAUGCUUCCAGCUGAGUUUCCUCCAUAUCAUUUCCUUAUGCAGCUGGUGCAAGCCACAGUCUGUCUGGGAUGCCCCCAGGACUGCAGACUCAGCCAAGAACUGUCCCCUGCCCUGUUUUUUACAGCUCCGCUUUUCUGCACUCUGCUGUUGGGGAAACCCAGCACCUGAGACUGGAACGUUUCAUACUUUUAUGUGUGAAUGAAUCUUCUCUGAACACGGUAAAGUGACUCUGAGUCCUCUGGGAUUCCAGCCACCCUGACUUUGUACUUUUACCUCCAUCCUGCCUGGGAUGGCGGGAGGGGUUGCAGACUGACGCUCCCUCCCCACUCCAGACUGUAGGGAUAGAAGGCCUGCCCCCCUAACCCUCCCUCCCCCUUGCUCCCUCUACUCAGAGUGGGCCUCAUUGCUUGGCCCAGCCUAUGCGGCUGCCGAGACAGCUGGCUCACUUCAAGUACUGAAUGUAAACCUCAGCCAGGCCCCCCGUAAGGUGGAGCAACUGGAAAUGCAAACCACACCUGGGGUGGGGAUGGGAGACUUUCCUCCCCUGCUGCUGGAUUUGUUCCCUCUCCGGGGCCCUCCCGUCUCUGAUUCUGUCUCAGGCUGGUGCCAAAUACCAUACGCAACAUAUAUGGUGCUUUUAUCUCCACUGGCAUAAGCAAAGCUGUACCUUGGCAUCUCUCCCUAGGGUCAGCCUUGGAGGAGAGGGCAAUGGAACAGAGGGAGGGGUUCUGUUCUGGAACCCCCUCCACUUCAGGAGCCCUGCCCCUCACAGGCUCCAGCUCCAGGCUGCAGAGGGCUGAGUGACCUGAACAGUCUGUGGCCUUUGGCCAAGUGUUAGGAGAGGCAAAAUGCAGCAGGGACUCCCCAUGUCCAGAGAGACAGAAAUCCCUCCCAGGCUGGCUUUCUCGAAGGCUCAGAGCUAGGAGUCCUGAAAGGCAGUGCCCCUUGCAGGGAACGAUGCCAUUUCCUGUCCAUCCUAGAAUCCACCAUCUCAAGGCCUGAGCUGAGGGCUGAGAAAUGGAAGGAGAGUCACACAGAGUAACCAUAGUGACAGCAGCACCCUCAACAGCUCCCCAGACUAGAGCUAAACUUUAGCCACACACUGCAAGACCAAUGUGCCCACAUCACACCAUCUAGCUGGAGCAGAGCGAGAGGCCCUCUCACACACCCACCCUCCCCUCUUUCCCACUCCCCACACCAAAUCCCACU